AUUGAUCAUUAAAUUAUCAGUUAUUAUUUUAACCUUUAUGAGAUUGAACCAACAUUAGACUUAAACAAAGAUUUAAACAAAAUGUUCAAGUUAAUUGUGUCUGCAUUAAUUGUUUGUGUAUUUUUAACACAAUAUAUUGAAAGUGCUAAAAUUGUUGGAUUAACAGAAGAUGAACUUCAAAGUUAUGGAAAUGUUCCAGAAUUCAAAAAUCACGUUGUAGUUGUGAAACGUCAAACCCGCGUGUGCGAACCUGGUCGAUCAUUCAAAAAAGAUUGUAACACUUGCGUAUGUAACGAUGAUGGAACGUCUGCGGCUUGUACUUUAAUUGGAUGUAUAUCGAGUGCAGGAAAUACGUACAUCACCCGAACAGCAUUAAAUACAAUGUUCAAAUUAGUUUUGUGCAGUUUAAUUCUUGUGAUUUGUUUAUCACAAGUAUCUGAAAGUUUUAAACUUGAAUAUUUAGAAAAUGCUACUCCUGCAUUUGAAUCGCAAGAUGAAUUUCAAGUAAGAAGUAUUGUAAAACGUGAAAAUGAAAAAUGUACUCCUGGCGAACGAGUUCAAGUACAAUGUAACACCUGUGUCUGUGGUAGUAAUGGAGAGCUUGAAACAUGUACUUUAAAAGGUUGCCCAUCAACUGGCGAUGGUGGAAAUACUUUACUUGUUAAGGUGGCAGAAGGAUCUUCUUAAAGAGUUUAUCGAUAUUUUAUCGUUUUAUUUUUUUAUGUACCCAUCAGUUUUUUUUAAA